CUGUCAAGGACAUGAAAAGCAUGGAAAGGCCAAGGAGUUUCCACAGACUAAAAGAGAUGAAAUUGUUAAGACAGUUGCAAUAUUUGAAUGGGGUCUUUGGAUUGAAUUGUAGUGUUGUAUUCCCUUAUUUGGGGGGAUGGAAAACUCCUCACUCUUCUUAGGGUAUAAAUGCAAACUAUAAAUGGUUUUGUCUAUUUUGAUGUGUGGGACAAGGACCACAGGGAAUUGAUACCUUUGGUUUCUCUUCUUUUUGUGUAAGUAAUAAACUGGUAGCACAGCUCUUACCUAAGUGUUGAGCAAGAGAAGGAAAAGUAAAGGCCUUCCCAUUGUCCUGUGUGUUCAGGGCUACGUGGUCUGGGUUAGAGAAUAUAAAAGGACUCCUUGGGAUCCAGUAGCAUUGACUGUGAGGAGGUCUGCAGACACACUCUCCAGUGAAACUGGUGAAAAUGAUUUAUUUUUAAAAAUUUAAAUCUCUGGAAGUGGUCCUAAGGACAAACAGUAAGUCAAGAAAUAUCUAUUCAAGACAAUCUACAAAAAUUUGCUAAGAAUCUCUAGUAUUUGAAUUUAGAUCUGCUCCUCCCUCCCCCAGCUCAGCGAGGAGAAGACUCCAUUCCAGAUUGGUGCAGCCAAGAACACAGGGUUCCCACUCCCCCGCUCCCAGUUUCGAAGGCUUUAUUCCCAGGAGGAGUGAAGACUUCAGCAUUUCUCAACCUGUUCCCUGCUACCUGUUGCUGAGGCUAAGUCCCAGGCGCUGUUGAGAACUCUGGCGCCUAACGACGUCGGCUUCUAUGUGAUAAUGCUGCACGUCUGCGUCAGGCUGCACGAAUAAAACGUUACCUGGUGAAGACUACCUGCAGGGCCAGCCCUUUCUUCUAUCAUGUCCGGUGCCCCUUAACGUCGCCUUGAUUGCUGUUUUCUUGCUCGGUCUGCUGUUCCGGAAGAGGAGGAACCAGACUCCGCAGCCAUAACCCUCGUAGCUUGCGGUCUGUGCCGCACAUGGGGGCGUCUGCCUCCAAGGCUGCCCUCGGGGCUACCACCGAUGAGCCGUCGGAACCGGAGCCAAAACACCUAGCAGAUCUCAUACAGUACAUAAAUGAAACAAAUAUGAGUGUUAAACAUUUGGCUGAUGUUCUUUCUGAGAAAACCAGGAGCAGCAGCUGGGUGGUGGUGUUCAAAGCUCUGGUUACUGUGCAUCACCUUAUGGUGCAUGGAAAUGAGCGUUUUAUCCAACAUCUUGCAUCUAGAAACUCUUUGUUCACUUUACACAACUUCCUGGAUGAAAGUGUCAUAGAAGGGUAUGCUAUGUCAACCUUCAUCAGACGAUAUAGCAAGUACUUGAAUGAAAAGUCACUUGCAUACAGACUGAUCGCAUCAGACAUCACCAAAGUCAAGAGAGGGACUGAUGGUAUGAUGAGAACCAUGAAUACGAAAGACCUGUUAAAUACCGUUCGAGUCAUUCAAACUCAGUUUGAUGCUCUUCUUAGUUUUAAUGCAAAUCCUCAUGAACUAACUAAUGGUAUAAUACGUGCUGCCUUCAUGCUUCUCUUUAAAGAUUCUCUUCACCUCUUUGCAGCCUAUAAUGAUGGGAUCCUUAAUCUGCUAGGCAAAUAUUUUGACAUGAAGAGGAACCAAUGUGAGGAAAGUUUGGAUAUUUACAUCAAGUUCCUUGGAAGGACAACCAAAUUGGCACAGUCCUUGAAAGUUGCUGAGCAAGUUGGAAUUGACCAGGAAAAAAUUCCAUAUGUUACUGAGGUCAUAAUGCGUGAUCAAAACCGAAAGUUUCUGUGAUGACUGCCCUUGUACUGUUCACCAUGCACCCCUCAGUUUACUUGAAGCACUAAAACAACAUUUAGCUUCUCUGGAAAAGAAAAAUGACAUUUUACCUCCCUACAGUCUCCAGCAUGCAUUGAUGCCCUCCAUCCCAAAUAAUCCAUUUGUGAAAGCUUCAGCAAGCAGACCUUCGUCUGCAGCCCUCAAACCUGCUGAAACAAUUGUAGCAAACAACCCAGAUGGCUCACCUGCCAGCCUUGUAGAAAAUCUGACAUGCAGUGGUGUCAGCCUUCAAAGAUGGACAUUUCUGGUGGAAUAAAUCAGCCGUUGAAUACCCGCACCUGCACAUCAGCCAUCUGGCAGCCUGUUUCUCUUCCUUCUGUGCUCCACAUGGUACCACCUCCAAUUGGAGCUCCUUCUGUAAUGGUUCCUCAACCCAUAUUUUAUACCCAACCAGGCUUAAACACCAGCAAUCUAUCCACUCCCUUCACAAGAAAUAAGACACAAUCCAUAUAGAAGUACCCAAGCAAAAAGAUUCAGAUCCAUAUGUGAAAAAAAAUGAUGCUGUCAACAGCCUGCACCGACUCAUCUACAUCUUCCAAGUGAAAUAAACAUUCAUUUG